AUGGACCACCUGCUGAAUGACGUGUCCCCAGACGAUGCCACCGAUGAAGUUGUUACCAAAAACGAGACCGUCAACGUUAAUGGGUCGCUUGUGGUUGCAUCGCAGACACUACCCUAUUUGGUCACCCAGCUUGCCAACUCUGUCGUUUGUCCCGAUAGUUCUGCUGCUAGUUUGGGGCUACAAAUGCUCUCGGCUGCCGCACCGUCCGUGUUGAUGUCGUUUCCGAAAUCACCUCCACGUCUACCACCUAUUAGUCUCUUAACAGCUGCUGCUGCUGCAUUGCAGCCGAUGCAAUGUCUGACGCCAGCUCCGUCCCAGCCACACCGGUUAUGUCCUAUGAAGACCCCGUUGCAAGCUACGGUGGACUCGUUCUCCGCCCACUCUUCGUUCAUCAACUGCCCCCAAGCCGAGGACAUGCUGUGUCGCUACCGCAAUAAGAAAUGUGGCUAUCCUCGCGCCAUUAAGCGCAAUGGGGAGCGUCAUAACCUGUGCGAACAUCACCGUUCUAAAGCUAAUCAGAAUCAACGUAAACUCGAGGGCAAACGACGUGUCAAGAAGCGGUUGAUGCAACGUGUGGCGAUCCAAGUUGUGAAUGCAAAGAAGGUGGUCGUAUCGCCGGAGAACGAGAUCAAUUUUGCUUUGUAUGGUGAUGCACUUGUAUGA